CCGGCAUCGUCUUCACCCAUCCACACGUCACAUCUAAACCCCUGAACAUGGCAACGUCAACCACUGCUGGCACUCCUGCCGCACCCAACCCAGGUGAGAAGAGCAGAGUGAGGCUGGUACGACUGCGCUGCUCCACCGUUCUGCUUUACUGACUGCAGAACCAUGUCCGCCUCCACUCACUUCCGCCGCCGUGGCAUCCCCCAUCGUCGUAUCCCCUUCCUCCCCUACUGUAGAGGUCAUGGGACAAAAGUCGCAGUCCGGCGGCAAAGACUCUGGAUCCGCCGAGCUCUCUUACCUCAAGUCGCUCGUGUCCCAGCUGAACGAGAAGAUCGCCGGCCUGGAAGGUGUGGCCAAGGACACUGCCAUGUCUGCAAAGGACUCUGCCCUCUCCGUCGCAUCGUCCAUCUCUUCCUCGUCCCCUACCGCUGCAGGAGGCGUGCGAAUGAUCCUCAUUGGACCUCCAGGAGCAGGAAAGGGUACCCAGGCACCCAAGAUCCUAGAGAGGUACAAGAACUCCGUAUGCCACUUGGCCACCGGUGACAUGCUCCGUGAGCAGGUCAGCAAGGGAACCGACCUGGGCAAGAAGGCAAAGGAGAUCAUGGACGCCGGUAAGCUCGUCAGCGAUGAGAUCAUGGUGGGCAUGAUCGAGAACCAGCUCGAGACCAAUGAGAAGUGCAAGGGAGGCUUCAUCCUUGAUGGCUUCCCACGUACCACUCCUCAGGCUCAGAAGCUGGACGACAUGCUUCACAACAAGUCGCAGAAGCUCGACCACGCCGUCGAGCUUAAGAUCCAGGACUCACUCCUCAUCUCGCGGAUCACUGGCCGACUGAUCCACCCUGCCUCGGGAAGGUCCUACCACAAGGAGUUCAGCCCACCCAAGAAGGCCAUGACCGACGACGUCACUGGCGAGCCUCUGAUCCAGCGAUCCGACGACAAUGCCGAGACUCUGAGGAAGCGUCUCAGCACCUAUCACGCUCAGACGGCCGAGGUGACCGACUACUACAGAAAGCAGAACAUCUGGAGCCCCGUCGACGCUUCGCAAUCACCCAAGAUCGUCUGGCAGUCGAUCAAUGCCAUCCUCGAAAAGAAGGAGAAGGAGUCGAAGUAAAGCGAUGCGCAGAGAGGCAGGCCGCACUGGAUGAGAUAGCGCAGGGUAGAGCAAGAGGCGGUCGAAAGAAGGCAGAGAGACAGACAGACAGAGAGAAGAGAAAUGUUGUGAUGGACCCUUCCCGGCUGGUCCGUCCGUUAAUAGUAUCCAAGCAAUGGACUUACCUCGUCGAAGUUCCGCAUAAUGGAUUUUUGUUCUGGCUUCCUCUUCUUCUUCCUCUUAUCCACGUGGAUC